AUGACGGCCGAAACCACCAGAGCUUCGCCCUCAACCAAUUCCGUCACAUCGAAUGGAACCUCUCACAAAAGAAAGCGUCCUGGAGAUGCACCCAAAUACUAUGCCGUUCGCGAAGGAAGAAUUCCAGGCGUCUACAAUACAUGGGAGGAAUGUUUGAACCAGAUUAAGGGUCAUAAAGGCGCUCUAUUUCAAUCGUUUCCUUCUCUCACCGAUGCCAGAGCUUUCGCCACCGGUCAAAGCGUCUCAACCUCAAUAUCAGCCAAGAACAAGACAGGGGAGCAGAGAUUCUAUGCUGUACAAAUUGGUCGUAACCCAGGUGUCUACACCGACUGGGACACCGCCUCUAAGCAGAUAGCUGGAGUUAAACGUCCCAAGCACCGACGCUUCGCAACCAGAGCAGAAGCCGAAGCUUUUGUCGCCGAGGGUAAGAAAGGCGCCGCAGCCGCAGGAAUUGCUGAAGCCCAGCACGCCGACAAAAGAAUGAAACUGGUAAACGGCGCAGCCGCACCAGCCGGUCUGAUCCUGAACGACAAACAAAAAGACACACAAGGCAAUAUUUACGAACCAGGCACCGGCCCUCUCCCACCAGGCGCAGAAGACGGAUUCGAUCCGAACAUCAAGCUUGACAUCAACGGCAACCUCGUCCACAAGACUGAAGCGGAGAAGUCCACCAGAAAGAAAUCUCCGCAACGGCGCAGCCGGUGCCCCGGCGACAGCAAGAAUAUCUCCGAAGCCCUGAGUGGAACACGCCAAACCAAUCAACGCGCCGAACUGACCGCCAUCAUGCGCGCCCUCGAUAUCGCACCGCGCCAUCGCGACGUCACCAUCUACACCGAUAGUCGCUAUGCGAUCGACUGCGUGACGAAUUGGUACAAGAAUUGGAAGCGGAAUGGGUGGGUGACGACGAAUAAGAAGGCGGUGGAGAACAGGGAUCUCAUUCAGGAGGUUAGGUCGAGGAUCGAGGAGAGGGAGGGGCUGGGCAGGGGGACUUAUUUUGUGUGGGUUAAGGGCCAUAACGGGGAUAGGGGGAAUGUGGAGGCGGAUCGAUUGGCGGUGGAGGGAGCUAGGCUCGGGAGGGGGCUGACAGCUGAGGAUGUGGCGAGGGAGAGGGCCGACGGUACUGGUGCAGAUGCUGAUGCUGUUAGGGAUGAGGAGGAGGAUGAAGAGGCAGAGGCGUUUAGGGUUAUGGAAGAGGCGAUGGCGGCGGCGGAGAAUAUGUAA